AUGUUCUACAGCAUUAUUGGCGCUCUUUUGGGUCUUCCUAUUAUUUCUGGCUGCUUUCUGUCCCAAGAUGGGGUUAAGGCAGCCGCCGUCAUCAUCAUCUUCUUCAUCAUCGUCUUUCAGAUUGUGCGGCCGACGCUGGCAAAAGCCGAGCAAGCACAAUGGAGUGGCCCAGGCAAGGUCCUGCUAUUUCCAUGCCUGCUAUCUCAUACCCGUUUGUUUCCAAAAAAGCAUUCAUUCUCCUAUUCCUAUCUUACAGUAGGCGUCCCUGUCGGAUUUGAGGGGAAUGCUGGAGGGUUAGUUUCGGUCCUUGGCCGAGUCGGACCGGACCUUUCCUCAUUGCUUUCUUUCGCCCCUCGGAUGCCGAGAGCUUGGUUCAGCAUCGAUGCCGCCGACUACCUGGAGCGUGGUAAGCCCGAGCUUGGCUUGCGGGGAAAGCUGGAUGAAUACCUGCGAACACAAGAAGCCGACCCGGCAGCGUACCCGUACGCCUAUCUGGUCACGGCAGCACGUGUCCUCGGCUACCACCACAACCCGGUCUCGUUCUGGUAUCUGUAUGAUGCUGACAAGUGUCUGGCUGCCAUGAUCCUGGAGGUCAAUAACACAUUCGAUGAGCGAAGAAUGUACUUUUUGACUCGGGAUGACAUAGACGAGCCUAUCGACCAUUCGCCAAACCAGCAAGACAUUGAACCAACGCAGACUCGCCGCUCCGAACAGACCGGCUCCCCUUGGGCCGUGCUAAAGCAGUCAUGGCCGAAAGAUUUUCAUGUAUCGCCUUUCAAUUCCCGCAAGGGCUCGUACACACUGACAGCGUCCGAUCCCCUGUACCCUUUUAUGCAAGGCAGGGGUGCGAUCUCCAUCACGAUCAAGCUGAAGUCGUCAAAGGGACACUGCAAGAUGGUGGCCAGAUUGUCUUCGGAUGGCGCUGCUGUUGACCCUUGCGACAUGACGCCGGGUCAAAAGGUCAUAUUUCUGUUGUCAUGGUGGUGGGACUGCUUUCUCGCGUUUCCGCGGGUCCUCAAGGAGGCCUUUUCUCUCUUCUACCGGCACAGACUUCAUAUGUGGUACAGGCCAGAGCCACUGAAAGACACCAUCAGCCGUAAAGCGGACAAGACAGAGCAACAUUUGGAAGGCAUCUUCAGGCGGUACUUACAGCAUCUUGUCGAGCAAUCUGCUACGCCCCUCAAAGUGAGGUACAUCGCCAGCGGUCUUGUCCAGGACACAACCCAGCUGAUGCUCUCAUCACCUGUCCAAGACAGACCGGAAUGCGCGCCGGAGCUCGAAUUCAGGGUACUGACCCCUGUCUUUUACAAGAGGUUUAUCCAUUAUCUGGAUGACCUCGAUGCUUUUUCCUGCGAGCUCAAUGAGAGCCGCACCAUCUGGGUAUCCCACCCCGAUUUGUUGCCAACAUUUGCUUUGAACAAGCUCUCUGCGGUUGUUGAGCCAACCGCUUCUGGCGGAGACAUUUACUUAAGGAUUAUAGGGAACCUCCGCGUUCGACCCGAGCGGAUCGUUCGACCAUUGACAUCCAAUUCAGUAGCGACGAAAGCCCAAACGACCGACAAUCAGGACUCCGGGAGGUCCGCGAUGGAUGUCUAUGUCAUUGCACACGAGCCUCCGUGCAGCCGGGCAGCUUAUCAACGCUGCGUUCUGAAACUGUUCUUAGCAGAGAGAAUGCUGGCCGGUGUCGCGCCGUCUGUCAGCGUCCAACGAUUGUUUCGGCUAGCGUCUCUAGUGGCUUAG